CGCGGCGGCGGUGCCCUGCGCGCUGCCGAGCGGGGCCCGGCACAGCCCAGCCCGGGGGGGCGGCCGCCGCCGGGCGCCGCGCCGCUCUGAGGCACCGACCGAGCCCGCUCCGCUCCGCACCCCGCCGCCGGCAUGUCGGCGCCCUGCUGCGCCGGGCAGCUGGCCUGCUGCUGUGGUAUUGCUGCUUGUUCCUUGUGCUGCAAAUGCUGCCCCAAGAUAAAGCAGUCAACAAGUACCCGGUUCAUGUAUGCGCUUUACUUCAUCCUGGUGACUAUCAUCUGCUGCAUCAUGAUGUCAACAACAGUAGCGAACGAAAUGAAAGUGCACAUCCCUUUCUACGAGCAGCUGUGCAAGGGCAUUCAGGCGGGAGACAUGUGCGAGAAGCUGGUGGGGUACUCUGCCGUGUACAAAGUCUGUUUUGGAAUGGCCUGUUUCUUCUUUCUCUUCUUCUUGUUCACUAUCAAAAUAAACAACAGCAAAAGCUGCCGAGCCUACGUUCAUAAUGGAUUCUGGUUUAUUAAGCUUAUACUUCUGGCAGCAAUGUGCUCAGGAGCCUUCUUCAUUCCUGAUCAGGACACUUUUCUCAAUGCCUGGCGCUACGUAGGAGCAACAGGAGGCUUCCUUUUCAUUGCCAUUCAGCUCAUCCUGCUUGUUGAGUUUGCACAUAAGUGGAAUAAAAACUGGACUGCUGGCGCAAAUCACAAACAGCUCUGGAAUGGUUUGCUGGCUCUGGUCACUCUCGUCUUGUACUCCGUUGCAGUGGCAGCCCUGAUUGUCAUGGCCGUCCUCUACACACGCUCCGAGGGCUGCACGUACAACAAGAUCCUCAUUGGUGUUAACGGUGGCCUGUGCCUCUUUGUGUCGCUGGUAGCCAUAUCGCCCUGUGUCCAGAAUCGCCAACCCCAUUCUGGUUUGCUGCAGUCGGGAGUCAUCAGCUGCUACGUCAUGUACCUCACUUUCUCAGCAUUAUCCAGCAAGCCUCCAGAAACUAUCCUGGAUGAAAACAAUCAGAACAUCACAAUCUGUGUACCUGAAUUUAGCCAAGGGCUGCACAGAGAUGAAAACCUCGUUACUGGCCUGGGUACUACCAUUCUGUUCUGCUGCAUUUUAUAUUCUUGUUUGACUUCAACAACACGUGCCAGCUCUGAAGCGUUGAGGGGAAUAUAUGCAACACCUGAAACUGAAGUAGCUCGUUGCUGCUUUUGCUGUAUGCCUGAUGGAGAUGCUGAUGCUGAAGAGCACACUGAAAAAAGAGGAGGCCAGACUGUGAUUUAUGAUGAAAAGAAAGGCACAGUGUACAGUUACGCCUACUUCCACUUUGUUUUCUUCUUGGCUUCACUCUAUGUGAUGAUGACAGUAACUCACUGGUUCCAUUAUGAAAGUGCUCAGAUUGAAAAAUUCUUCACUGGAACCUGGUCCAUCUUCUGGAUUAAGAUGGUCUCCUGUUGGGUUUGUGUCUUUCUGUAUUUAUGGACUCUAAUUGCUCCGCUCUGUUGCCCAACGAGACAGUUCUCAGUGUGAAGACUCAGAAGGAGGUUCUAAUCUUGCCAAGAGCUCUGAUAGCAUGAGGGCCCGUCUCUAUGUCUCUGCAUUUGGAGUCCAGCCGCACAGAUCUUUUUCCAGCAGGAAGACCUUUUUUUAAUGCGUUAACAAACUAGAAGUGUUUAUCUGUCCCAUCUCCAAGAUGAGAGCUUAUGGACUGCGCAAUGAAGACUAACAGUCGUCUCUCCUAACUUGUAGCAGUUAUUCUGACAAAUGAUCUUGAUUCAAUGUUAGAACUGCAACUGAGAUAGUCCAGACUCUCACCCCCUCCCCAGGUAAAUGCUGCUCAGAGUCUUGCAGGAGUUGCCUUCUGGUCACAAAUAUCUUGUAGUAUAAGAAACCAAGCAUAUUUUAUUAAAAUGUUUUUUAAAGCAGAACAAUCUGUGGGCAAGGAGCCCUACAGAAGAAGGGCAUGCAAUAUGUCAACUUGUAGGGGCAGGGAACGGUGUAACCAUUCUCUGUGUCUAAUAACAAGCGUCUUGGUCACAAAUGUGGAUGAUCUUAGUACAUAUCUUGGUCAAUGGGUGUUUUUAUUUGUUUACAAAAAUGGUUACUUUGUGUAGGCAGUACCAGCCUACAUAAAGUCAUUGUACGCCUCCUUGUGCUCAUUUAUUGUAGUUUGUAUUUAGGGAAAUAGCUUUUUUUAUGAAGGAAAUAGGGUCAUAAGAGGAAACUCCGGAGUGAGGCAUGAGUCUGUUCUUCUUACACAGCACUUGCCUUGCUAAGUUACUCCUUCAUCCUUCCAGUCCACCUGCUGUUGACCUUAAGUAUCAAGGUCUGCAGUAUACCUAGGAUGGGAAUGAGGCCGUGCGAGAGUCCUCUGCUUUGUCUGCUUCUAAGCUAGCAUUGUGGGAGAAGACUCCAAAAAUAACUUUUAGUUGGACCUGGCUGUCCACACAGAGGCCCCAGAUGCAGCUGUGGAUCUGAGGCCUUUCUGAGGAAAUGGCGCCUCAGUGUGCAAAGCCUCUAUUUCCUUAGCGAGCAAUGGCUUCCUGCAGGGCAGGCAAAUAUGACAGACUUAACAUUAGUUGUAAAACCUGUACUGUGAACUUCCCACAUGCAACUGCUUCAUAAAAUCCUGAGCUGGGAUUUUUAAGAUUCAAAUGUCCAGUUCAUAGAUUGUGAACAGUUCACACAAAUGGGCUUUUUAAUUUUUUUUAAGUGCCUUCGUACAUACUGCCCUCUGAGCUAAUAAUUCAGGUGGCACUGGAACUGUAAAACCUGACCUGAGCCUGUGGCCAGGUGGUCCUGCCUUGUGCGUUACACCUGGUGUGCACGCGGUGCAGUCGUACUCGCCGUGCGUGUGGAAGACCACGUAAUCUAUGCUUGAUGGGCUCCUGGGGGGGAGCCUGAUUUGGGAUAUGACUGUGCAGGGGAAGAUAAACUGGGAAAACUCACAGAUAGUCUGAUGCUUUAGUAAAUAAAUGAGAGUAGUUGUUGCUUACACUUGAAUUUAAACCUUGAGCAGAACUUUCUCUCUCCACACCUUCAAGUGCAGGUAGCUGCCCUGCUUGACGUGGUUAGCUGUGCCGUGUCUCUGCACGGACACGCACGUUGUACCACAACUGUUCUUGGGAUUUGCUCCUGAACAGAAACGGCCUGUGCUGUGUUUCUCUGCCCUAGUAUUUUUGAGCUGUGUGAAGUGAGAAAGCUGUCAGUUUUAAAGACAGGAAGACUAGAGAUCAUGUCCUCAUUUCCUCUAGUUUAACUUGAAUUUGAACUAGUGUUAUAGUUUAAUUGCCUCUUGGAGGAACGGGGGUGUUGGCAGAAGUUAGUUCUGCCGGGAGGAUGGAAUUAUUUUAUUAGUGUCGUCCUACUUUUUCAAAUUCCCUAUUGGAGGAAAAGUUAUUUGGAAGCUCACUGCUGCACUUCUGCCUGAGACUGGAACAAUUUUAUUUUUUCUCACAAAGGCAACUGAGAACCAAAAUCAUUAUUGGUUCUUUUCUGGGGUAGAACCAAGGGGACAGACUCGGAGAGCAAGUCUCCGAACCCAAACUCCUGAACUAACAAAUGAGACCACGAAAUCUUAUGAAGAACACAUGGAAAACAAAUGGAUCUGCUUGUUUGCUGUUUACCACCUGGUUCAUCAAAGUGUGCGGGCUGCCCUUGCAAGUGGAUGCUGGUUAAGGAACUGCACUGUGAUUGCAAAUCAGAAUCAUGCUUAUGUGAUACUUUUAACUUUGAACUUGAAGAGUUUCAAUGAGGUUUGAAAAGCUCAUGCUUACCCAGCCUAAUUCAAUAAAUCCUUGCUGGAUGGGCCACUUUCUUCUGAAACGGGUAAUUCAGUGUUGCUAAUAUAUAUGUAGUCUGGAAAGAGGGCUUGUUCCUCACAGAAUCGUGAACACUGCAUGUCUAUUUAUUUAUUUAUUUUAUGUUUUAGCACCUUUGCAAAUCUAGAAGAGCUUUGAGAUCAUAAGCUAUGCACAUAUAACUGCUUCACCAGCCACUAGUGCAGACAUUUUUGGGCUAGAACAUUGCUGUUAAGGCAGCCAUCCCACUUGCAAAACAGCUGAUUUCUAACAACUCUCUAUUUCUGACCAAUGCAUCAGGAGACUUUGGAAACUCCAGAUAUCACUAGUUUAACUUCAGCCAGCAGCCUGCAAUGUUAUGGGGAUCUCUGAACUGAUUGGUAACAAAAUAAUUCACUGUCCAUUUUUAUAACAUGCUAUAAAUGAUCUGUGCUAUGAACAAUUUAAGCUUUUCUCCUAAAUAAGUUUGUAAAACAAAGUACCAGGAGAUUAUGUAUGAACAGAUGAGCAAAAUUUUCUGCAGCUACAAUUUUAUUGUCAUCUUUACUUCUGAGCUUUAGAAGCAAUUGUAUAUCUUUUCCUUGCAGACCGUAUCCCUUCAUUUUAUUUCCCUUUUCUCCUUGGGUUUGUUUUUAAAGGCAUUGUAAACCUGCUUAGCUUGCACUCUGCUCCCUAUCGAUUGGGCUGUCUUCAGUGAUAGAAACUUCCUUGCCAGCUGUAGAUGAUCCUUUCCUUUUUAUAGGAGGACCUGCAGUGUUGAAGCAAAGUUGAGGAUCAUGACUUCAUAUUUGGAUCAGUUCUUUCUGUAUGAAAACUGUAUCUUUUGUUUUCUGAAGUGGCCUGGUCCCCCUUCUUUGCAAGUUCUUGUGGGAGGAAAACACGUAAUCAGUGCAGUGAAAUUUUACUUUGUGUGUGCUCAAUUUUGUAAACACUAGUUCAAACAGAGUGUUUCACAUGACUGUAAAAGGGAGUGCCAGGGGUCAAGGGCUUUUUAUACUCUUAACAGGAUAUGUAGCUUGGGAACUAAUACAUCUCUGUCUUUUCAACAUCCAAAAGGCGUAAUGCCUGAGUGUCCCAAAAUGAGGAUAUGGAUAAGCAGAGCAGUGUUUGGAACAGAAAUUUUGGCCUUGAGGUCAGAAGAUUGGCAUGACGACCACUUUCUAAUGCCGGAAGAAAUUUUGUAGUUUUCAAGUAGGCCUUAAAUCCACUUUUCCCACGCCUGGUUUAGAAUGGUUCCCCACCUGCUUAAUAAUACAUUAUUAAAAAUAAAGUUUGAAUUUAUUUAAAAUAUAAACCAAAUUGGCUUCCCCCAUUUCCCAGUCUCUGAUAGCUCUGACUACUGUAGCAUAUAAGCCGUUUGCACAAACUUCUUAGAGUUGCAGUUGUCAGCUUUGAAAUCUCUCCAACAUCUUAAAGCUUCCAAGGCUUUUGUUAGUCAGAGCUGCGGGGUGCAGCAGGGGGACUGUGGUUUUGCCAAAGAAUUCUCAGUCUGAAGCCAAGAAAAAUUUUGGAAAACUAUAGGGAAAUAAUGUAAUGUUACUCAUACCUUAGCUUUAUUUUUCUCUUACUGAUACAUGUCCAGGUGCUUAGGUGGUGUUGGACAUCUGUGCAAACUUAAAGUAAUGAAAAUAAAAUUUUCAACUUAUCAUGUAAAAGCUGGGAAAAUAUUUAUGAGGAACAUACAGUCAAUUGCCUGCUUUUUACUUACCACAGGUCUGUGGUGUUUAGUCUCUUGUGUGGCGUGUUCAAAAACUGGAUGCAAACUAUUCAAAAUGGAAAUACUUUUUCUUAAUGGUGAGGGGUUUUUACUUAGUCCUUUUUAAGGUUUUUAAUAUCUCAAGGGAACUUUUUUGGUGUGUAUGUGUGGUUUUACUUUGUUAAGCUGUAGCCCAGUGAAACGGAGGUUAGCUAGUUUAUUUUACAUUUUUUGCAAAUGUUGUGGUCUGUAGUACCUGUAACACUUCUUUGAGACAAUUCUAAGAACCUGGUUGUAAAAUGGUAAACAGCUUUGCCUUUUUAAAGCAUGUUAAUGGUUUUUACGAACACUUCCUUUUGUAUACUGAGUGAAUGUAUUGUUAUAGAUUUAAUGUUUAAUGGACCAAUAAAGUUUUUCUUACGUUUGAAA